UUUGUGCCGGCAAAGAUGGUUGCUGGGGCUCUCCCGAGCGUGGAGGAAGUGCUGACAUUUAUUUUUUCCUGUUUUGCAGAGGCGUGGGUCCUGCAGCCGCGGGGGGACGAGGCCGUGCGCUGCCGCUGGGCUCAGCACCCCCGUACCCCAGGACCUAUGAAGCACCAAGUGUCCAUCAUGUCCGACUGGGUGCUCCUCGGGCUGAUCGGGGUGCUGGUCGUGCUGCUGCUGCUGACCAUCUUCGGCUUCGCUGUCUACUCGGGGCUCUUCACAGAGGUGGUGGUGAGUGCCGGCUCGCCGCCCAUCGGCAGCAUCACGCUGGCCUACAAGUUCAGAGUGGGUCCCUAUGGCGAAUCGGGGCAGCUCUUCACGGACGGCUGCAGCAUCUCAUCGAAGCUCUGCUCCAUCGGCGUCUACUACGACAACCCGCACACGGUCUCUCCGGAGAAGUGUCGCUUUGCUAUCGGCCGAAUCCUGAGCGAGGGAGAUGCGAAGCCGACGGAGGAGCAGAUCCGGCAGUUCCAGAAGUACGGCUUCAAGAUCUUCUCCUUCCCCACUCCCAGCCACGUGGUCAUGGCGAGCUUCCCGUUCACCACGCCGCUGUCCAUUCAUCUCGCGGUCAACCGCGUCCACCCAGCCCUCGACACCUACAUCAAGGAGAGGAAGCUGUGCGCCCACCCCCGGCUCGAGAUCUACAAGGAAGACCGCAUCUAUUUUGUGUGUCCCCUUGCCCGCCAAGGAGACUUCUACGUGCCCGAGAUGAAGGAGCUGGAGAGGAAGAGCAGGGCAGUGGCAGCUGAGGCCGAAGACGCGCAGACAGACAUCACAGGGGCUGACACCAUGAGCGAGGCCAGCUCCAUCAGCAUCGAGGCCACAACUGACAGCAGAGACACCUCGGUGGCCACCUCGAUCCUGCUGCCCUUCCCAGCUGGCCGGGGCCGGGAGGAGGCCGACAACCGCAGUGAGCACAGCUACAGCGAGUCCGGAGCCAGCGGCUCCUCCUUCGAGGAGCUGGACCUGGAGGGCGCUGGGGACGGGGAGGGUGCUCUGGGGCUGCUGCCCGUCACGGCCUACACAGAAAGCCAGGAGGUCUCAGACAAGUGGACCAAGGAGCCCAUUGCUGCCGAGCGAGGAGAAGAGUAAAGCAGAGGCCUGGGCCCCCCCCGCCUUUGUGGGGGGACCCGAGCCAGCUGGCUGCCUCUCCCGCCUCCUUCCUCUCCAGCCACGAGAUUCGAGUCGCUGAGCCCUCCUGGGACCGUAGCCCUCGUGGGACGGGGGUGUGAGUGGGUCAGGGGCUGCUGGCUUGGUGGUUCCCCUGCGGCGCUUGGGUGCGCGGGGUAGGUGCGGGCCGGGGCAGCGAAAUGUGUUUGCUGUUCGUGUGUCUCUAGGUGCAUUGCAAGUUCUUCGCAGGCAUCUCCAGGGGGGGAUUGCGCAGGUCCCUCCCCUUCUCUCCUGGUGCCCCUCUCACCCACGGCUUCUCUCUGCCACGCAGAUGUGUGUUCUCUAGCACGAAAGAGCAAUGAGUAGGGUUGGUUGGUUUUGUUCCCCUCUUCUCUUUCCCUUGCUGAAAAUGGAAAUGUCCGGUAUAAAACUGUCCUGGACCUGCCACGGGUGCUUCUGGGGUCUAUAAUAAAGUGGAUGCUUUUCCUCUGC